AGCGAGCAAUCCGGCCUGGGGCUAGCUCCCGCGCGCCGCUGCCGCCCUCGGACAGGAGAGGUACUGACUCCUGAGGAAUUUAACAGGACCCAGUCCCUGUCAAGAUUUGCUGGCCCUGUUGCUCAUGAUCAACUAGACGCUGACUGAAAAUGCCAACCCAAACGCAGUAUUAUAACUCCUCUCCUUCAGUGACCGGGAUUUUGCAUCCCCAAACAGCACAGUGUGUAUUUGAGAGCACGAGGCCCAGAGACCCCUAUCCCAGUGACACUGCACCACGGAUACGACCGUCCACAGGAUUCCAGUUCAGAGAUGUUUCACCUCUGCGGAACAAACCUAUUUGGAACGACCCACGCAACAAAUCAGAAACUUCAACCAAGUCCCUCCAGAAAUACAGAGUAACUUUGAAUCACAGGCCUGUUGAAUCUGUGCUGAGCAGAAAAGCACCUUUUGCAGCACGAACCUUAAGUGCUGGAUUGAGUGGUCAUAAGUAUAGAAAAGGUUGUGUUGAUGUGCUGCCACAGUAUAGUCCAAUGAAUGAUCCUCACUUGUUUGACUACUAUGCUAGAAAGUUUGGAUUGCAGUCUGAUCAUGGGAAGAAACACCACCAAAGUGCAUCCCGGUCCAAGAGCACUAGCAACAGAUCCAGUUCUGCAGUGCACAACAAGGUGAUUUAUAAAGUCACUGUGAAGACUGGAGAUAAGAGAGGUUCGGGAACUGAUGCCAGGGUAUUUCUUAAGAUGAUGGGCUCUAAAGGGAAACUCAGCAAAACACGUUUAUAUAAGAAAACUGGAUCUACUAUAUCUCAACAAACAACUGUAUUUAAAUUCUCCAAAGGGUCAAUUAACACCUUUAAAAUUCAUGGUCCAGAAAUUGGAGAAAUCAAAAACAUCACCCUGGAGCAUGAUGGUCUAGAGAAGCAGCAUGCCUGGUACGUGGAGGAGAUAACUGUGACCAGUGCAAGCCGUGAGAAGAUAUGGCGCUUCCUAUGUCGACAGUGGUUAUCAUUGUAUCACACUGACUGCCAGAUCAGCCGCACCUUUAUGCCCACAGGCAAAGGCAAACUCACUGUUCCGGAUGGAAAACCUGAUCAUACAGUUUAUGAGGUGGUGACUGUGACUGGAGAUGUAAGAGGAGCAGGAACUGAUGCCAAUAUCUUUGUUACUCUCUUUGGAGAAUUUGGGAUCACUCCAAAGACUCAUCUCACUAGCAAGAGUAGGACUGCCUUUGAGAGAAGUAAAACAGAUGUGUUCCGAAUAAAAACCAACAAUGUUGGACAAAUAAAGAAGAUAAGAAUUGAGCAUGACAACACGGGAAUGAACGCAAGCUGGUUCCUGGACCGUGUAGUAGUCACUGACAUGAAUAGGCCUCACCUCCGGUUUUACUUUUCUUGCAACAACUGGCUGAGCAAGGAUGAGGGGGAUGGACUUUAUGUCAGAGAUCUGAUUGGCAGCCUAAACCCCAUGGAUGUGCCCAAAGUUAACAAGUACGUGGUCAGAGUGUUUACUGGAGACAUUAGCGGCAGUGGAACAGAUGCAGAUGUCUUCAUUAAUAUCUUUGGCGAGAAUGGAGACACAGGAGAGAGGAGAUUGGACAAUGACAAGGACAACUUUGAAAAGGGAGCAGAGGACAAGUUCACCCUUGAUGCUCCCAAUUUGGGAAAAUUACGGAAAAUGACCAUCGGCCAUAAUAACAAGGGUGGCUCUGCUGGCUGGUUCCUGGACAAGGUGAUCAUUGAAGACAUUGGCAAUAAAUCAGUGUACGAAUUCCCAGUUGGACGCUGGUUUGCAUUGGACGAAGAUGAUGGGAAAAUCCAGCGGGACAUUCUUGUGGGAGGAAGUGAGGCCACAGGUAUCGUUUACAAUGUUGCUGUCAUGACCGGGGAUGUCAGAGGGGCCGGCACUAACUCCAAGGUCCACAUCAUCCUGCAUGGUUCUAAAGGGUUAAGGAACAGUGGGAAGAUUUUCUUGGAAGGAGGUGAAUUUGAACGGGCCAGGACAGAUCUAUUUAACAUUGAGAUAGCAGCUCUUCUCAGCCCCCUGAGCAGAGUCACAAUUGGGCAUGAUAACUGCGGUGUCAGUUCUGGCUGGUUUUGUGAGAAGGUGGUGGUUUAUUGCCCAUUCACUGGCAUUGAACAAACCUUUCCUUGUGGGAAAUGGCUGGACGAAGAUGAAGGAGAUGGACUGAUAGAACGGGAGCUCUAUGAAAUGGUCUCCCUGCGUCAGAAAAGACUAAAGAAAAAUCCCUGGUCACUUUGGAUCUGGACAAGUGACAUUAAGAAUGCAGGGACAGAUGCCAGCAUCUUCCUCCAGAUUUACGGAGACAAGGGGAAGUCAGAUGAAAUGAAACUGGACAACAAUUCGGACAACUUCGAAGCUGGACAGACUGACAAGUUCAUGAUUGAGCUCCCUGAUCUGGGCACAUUUUAUAAGCUCCGGAUAUGGCAUGAGAAGAGGAGCCCUUUUGCUGGCUGGCAUCUAGACAAGAUAACUCUGCUGAAGACACUGACGAAGGAGAAAUAUACGUUCAAAUGUGGCCGUUGGCUGGAUGUCAAUGAAGACGAUAAUGAGAUCAUCAGGGAAGUGCCUGCUGAGGGACCUCUCGUGACUGAAGUCAUGCCAGUGAUAAAGUACCGGGUCACUGUUUUCACUGGGACAGUCAGUGGAAGCGGGACAGAUGCCAACGUCUUUGUCAACCUCAUUGGGGACCAGGGAGAUACGGGAGAGCGUAUCCUGUACAAUAGCAUAAACACCAUGAAUAAAUUUGAGAAAGGCAGUGCCGAUGAGUUCUACAUUGAAGCAGUGACUCUGAAGCAGGUGAGGAGGGUGAGGAUAGGGCAUGAUGGCAAAGGAGGAAGCAGUGGCUGGUACCUUGACAAAGUGAUAGUGAGGGAAGAAGGGCAGCCAGAAAGCCAGGCUGUGGAAUUCCCAUGCUACAGGUGGCUUGACAAAAAUGAGGAUGAUGGUCAGAUUGUUCGAGAGUUAGUACCAGCUGGGAAUUCACCGAUACUGAAAAAUGUCAGCUAUCACAUCAGUAUAAAGACAGGAGAUGUUCCUGGAGCCAGCUCAGAUUCUAAAGUUUUUAUCAAACUAUAUGGUGAAAAAGGAAACACCAGCAAGGAGCCUCUGUUAGUUUCUGAUAAUGACCUAGGCAAUUACUUUGAACGUGGACGAGUGGAUGAGUUUGUUUUAGAGACGCUGGAUAUUGGAAAGAUCAACCGACUUUUGAUUGGACAUGAUAAUGUAGGGCUCCGAUCUGGUUGGUUCCUGGCUAGUGUCCAGAUCACAGUUCCUGUCCAUGGACGGCAGUACAUGUUCCCAUGCAACAGAUGGCUUGACAAAGACGAGGCUGAUGGGAAAGUGGAGGUGGAACUCUACCCCAGUGAGAUUGUGUCCAUUGAGAAAUUGGUAAAUUACGAGGUGUCUAUAGUUACGGGGGACGUGCGGGGAGCAGGCACCAAUGCCAAUGUCUUCAUGCAGCUUUAUGGCGAAACUGGCAAAAGCGAGGUAAUCACCUUGAAAAGCAGGUCAAACAACUUCGAGAGGGGAGCAACAGAUAUUUUCAAGGUAGAGGCUACAGAUGUUGGUAAGAUCUACAAGCUUCGAAUUGGACAUGAUGGGAAAGGCAUUGGGGAUGGCUGGUUCCUGGAAAGUGUCACACUUAAAUGGAUGGUGACGAAGGUGAAGGAGACAGAUAAAAAGAAAAAGAAGAAGAAAAAGAAAUCCAGUGAGGAAGAGGAGGAGGACUCCAAGCCAGAAGAAGUGAUGGAAGUCUGUACAUUCAUGGCUCACCGUUGGCUGGCUACCAGUGAAGAAGAUAAGGAGCUAAUUGUGGAGCUGAUACCUGAGGAUGGAUCUGGACUUGAGGAGAACACCUAUGAGGUUCAUGUCAUCACUGGGAAUGUAUGGGGAGCUGGGACUGAUGCGAAUGUCUUCUUGAACAUCUAUGGCGAAGGAGGAGGAGACACUGGUGAGCGCCAGCUGAAAAGGUCCAACCACCUGAACAAGUUUGAGAAGGGCCAGGAAGAUAUAUUCACCAUCAAAGCCAUUGAUCUGGGAGUACUGAAGAAACUGCGGAUUCGUCAUGACAACUCCAGCAGCAACCCAGCCUGGUUCCUGGACAGAGUGGAGAUUGUUGAUCUCAAGGACGACACCAGGUAUUACUUCCCAUGCCAGCGGUGGCUGGCAGUUGAGGAAGAUGACGGUCAAAUUGCCAGGGAGCUGGUCCCGGUGGAUGAAGCAUUUAUAAAGAAAGAUUCGGACAAUGAUAACCAAUCUCUUGCAUCUCUGGGCCUGGAACAAAAAGCUAAAUCAACUACUUACACUGUGAAAGUGAAAACCGGGGACAAGAAAAACUCUGGGACAGAUGCCAAUGUCUUCAUCAUUCUUUAUGGAAAUAAAGAUGACACAGGGAUAAUCAAUCUAAAGGCCUCCAAAACGAACAAGAACAAAUUUGAACGAGGGAAGUUAGAUGAGUUUACAGUGGAAUCUGUGGACAUUGGAGACCUGAAAAAAAUAAAGAUUGGCCAUGAUAAUAAAGGUGGCUCCCCUGGCUGGUUUCUAGCAUGGGUGGAAAUUGAUGCUCCAUCACUCGGACAAUGCCUGAAGUUCCCUUGUGGCCGUUGGCUGGAUAAAUCAGAGGACGAUGGAGCCAUUGAGAGAGAUCUCUUCCCUGCAAAACUGCAGACAAAAGAAUAUGUUCCAUUUGUCCCUUAUGAGAUCACCAUUUACACCAGUGACGUCUUUGGAGCUGGCACUGAUGCAGAUGUUUUCGUUGUUCUCUAUGGAAGUAAUGGAGUUUGCAGUCAACAGAAGUCCCUGUGUCAGAACAAGAGAGAACAAAGGAUGUGCUUUGAGAGGAACUCGGUGGAUCAGUUCAUUGUGGAGCUGGAGGAUGUUGGAGACACUAUUGAGAAGAUUCGUAUUGGGCACAAAGGCGGAGGGCUUAACUCUGGAUGGCAUUUAGAUCGGGUGGAGAUACGGAGGCUUUUGCCAAAUGGGAAGGGUUCGGAAACAGUCACAUUUCCAUGUCAAAGGUGGCUUGCAAAAUCUGAAGAUGAUGGCGAGAUUGUCAGAGAACUUGUACCAUCUGAUAUCUUGACUGAAAAACUCACGAAAGAUGGGACACUAAAGCAAAUAGAAGAGGAAGUUGAAGAACCACUGGAAAUUCAUACAUACAAGAUUUCUGUGUUCACUGGAGAUGUCUAUGGUGCUGGGACAGAUGCAAAUGUUUUCCUGACUAUAUAUGGAGACCUUGGGGACACCGGGGAGAAAAAACUCAGCAAGUCUGAAACUAAUACCAACAAGUUUGAAAGAGCAAAGGAGGAUAAGUUCACAAUACAGGCUGUGGACCUUGGCAUUAUAUACAAGAUCAAGAUUCGUCAUGACAAUACCAUGCUGAAUGCUGACUGGUACCUGGAAAAAGUAGAGAUUCUGGAUGAAACCACAGAAGAAUUGUACCUCUUCCUAUGUGAACGCUGGCUUUCUACAAAGAAGGAGGACAAAAGGAUAGGACGGACACUUUACGAGCAGGGCUAUGAUGGGAAACGGAGCAGUCUAGGUGGUUCCUCUCUCAGCUUGAAGAGCCAAGAUAGCAAUGCAAAUGUGAAGAAUAAGAAGAAACCCAGCUUGAACGGCUCUGCAAAGGAAGGCUCAUUGAUUCCGUACCACCUCAUCAUCAGUACCGGCACAGAAUAUGAUUCUAGCACCGACAGCCGAGUCUACACCAUCAUUAUGGGUCCUCAGAAAGUGCAAACAGGCAGGCUAUGGCUAGAUCUUCCCAAAGACAAGAAAGAAUUUGCUGAUGGCUCAGUGGAGAAGUUCUCUGUUAUGGGAUUAGAUGUUGGGGAGAUCAAAAAAUUGGAGUUGGGUCAUGAUGGUGCCACACCAGAGAGCUCCUGGCUGGUGGAAGAGCUAACACUCAUUGUGCCCACGAAAGGGGUCAUGUAUACCUUUGUCUGUAAAUGCUGGCUGGCCAGGGACCGAGGAGAUGGACUCACGUCACGUGUCUUCAACAUCCUGGAUGCAGAUUGUAUUAACAUUGGCCACAAGAUUCUAUAUGAAGUUACAGUUGUGACUGGAGACAUCCAAAAUGCUGGAACUGAUACCAAUAUUUACAUGACUCUUUUUGGAUCCAGCGGGAACACUGAGGAAAUGCAGCUGGAAAAAAAUGGAGAGAGAUUCGAGCGAGGUCAGGAGGACACGUUUAUCAUGGAGAUUGCAGAUAUUGCGCCACUCAGGAAGAUGAGGAUCCGGACGGAUGGAAAGGGGUCACGCCCAGACUGGUUCCUGGAAAAGAUCAUUAUGAAGAACCUAUCAAAUCAAGAACUGACCACAUUUACAUACAGCGAAUGGCUGUCCAAGCUCAAAAAUACCAAGGGAACUCUUGUGUGUGAGUUGCCGGCGGUGAUCAAUGAAGAGCAGAUGAUGGAGAAUACAACAUACACAGUUCAGGUUAAAACCAGUGAUAUUGGAGGAGCUGGUACCGACGCCAAUGUGUACUUGAUUAUGUUUGGGGAGAACGGGGACAGCGGGACUCUGGCUCUGAAGGAGUCGAACAAGUCGAACAAGUUUGAAAGGAACCAGAUGGAUGUUUUCAAUUUUCCUGACAUGCUGAGCCUUGGAGACCUGUGUAAAGUGCGAGUCUGGCACGACAAUAAAGGAGUCGGACCCGGCUGGCACUUGGAAUACAUUGAAGUGAAAGAUGACACCCUGGAUAAGACGUUCCGCUUCCAGUGUGAUCGCUGGCUGGCAAAAGGCGAAGAUGACGGACAGCUCAUAAGAGACUUGGCUUGUGCCAAUAAUGACAUCCUGGAACUAAAGGAGCGCACCUCCUAUGAGAUUGCCACAAGGACGAGUAACACAGAGGAUGCAGAAACCAAGGAAAACAUCUGGAUCAUCUUAGAAGGAAAGAAGGGCCGCUCCAAAGAAUUCCUUCUGGAAAACUCCUCCAAAAAAAGGAAAUUCACAAGGGGAGCAACAGAUAAAUUUCUGUUUUCUUCAAAGCAUGUUGGUGAUAUUGCAGCCAUCUGUGUUGGUCACUGUCCAAAAGAAGGAAAGAAGUCAACCACAAAAGCUGAUGCGUACUGGCAUGUCCAAGAAAUAAUCAUAACAGAAAUGGAACUUUGCAACAAAUACUUUUUCCAGUGCAAUGCAAAAAUUCCACUGAGGAGCAAGAGAGCUGACUACAAAGUCUUCGAGUGUGCCAAGGUCACAGAGAGUUUUGCCAGCAAAGCCCGGAGCUUGGUGCCAGUCAAAUAUGAGAUCAUUGUGGUUACAGGGUCUGAAAAAGGAGCCGGGACUGAUGCCAAUGUCUUCAUCACCAUCUUUGGAAAAAAUGGAGAUUCGGGCAAACGUGCUCUCAAGCAGAAGUUACGGAACCUCUUUGAACGUGGCAAAACUAAUAGGUUUUCUCUGGAAACCCUGGAUUUGGGGGAGUUGAAAAAAGUACAGAUUGAACACGACAACAGUGGCCUAGCAACCGGUUGGUUAGUGGAAAGGGUGGAGAUCACCAAUUCAGCUACUGGAGUGACCACGAUUUUCCCUUGUGGGAAGUGGCUGGACCAGAAUAGAGGAGAUGGUUUGAUCUCGAGGGAGCUAUUUCCAAGAUAUUAGCAGGGAUGCAUCUGCAGCUAGUAAAAGGAGCUGCAGCGGGGACAUUUAUAUUAACAGAAAAUGGGUUUUUCUUACUCACUUCUUACAUCAUUUUGUAUCAUGUUUUACGUUUUAAAAUAUGGAAUUUUAUAUUGAAAGGAUUUCAGUAGGAAUGUGUACACCCUGGAUUAACAUUUUCUAAAAAAUAAGCAUACUUUUUAAAUCUGAAUGGACAAUGUUUCUGGUCCACUUCUUGUCCAUACCAACUCUGCUUACCUCCUGGCUCAAGG